AUGGUUGACUCCACGCCAUGGAAACCAUUCAAAACUCAAGGUGAUUAUCUUUUUGCAGAGAUCACCCUUGAUGCUGGAUUGAACAAGACUCAAGUCAAUGGAUUAUUGGAACUUUUCCUUCUUGUAACCAAAGGUAUGGAGCAGGUGACGAUGAAGAACGAUGCUGAGUUGCGGAAGGCAUGUGAUAAUGCAGGAGCCAAAUUAACACCUUUCACCAAGCAUGUCAUCUCUGUGCCAUACAAGGGCAAGGAGAUGGAGUUUGAGGUUCAUACUUGGCCAGUCUUGGACUGGGCUCUUGACCUGCUCGCUGACCCACAAUUAGCCCCACACUUUGUCUGGGAUGCUGAACGGGUUUACAAACACAAUGGGGAAGAGUAUGAACACUUUUAUGGUGAGCCUUGGACAUGUGAUUGCUGGUGGGACAUACAGUCUCAGCUUCCUGCUGAUGUUGAAAAUGCCGUACCAUUCUGUUUUAUAUUGUAUGCUGACAAGACAAGGCUUUCAUCUCACGGCACUGUGAAAGGGUACCCUGUAGUUGUUCGGUGUGCUAAUCUCCCUGUAGACAUCCGGAAUUCUGAGUCCGUUGGAGGAGGUUGUGUUGUCGGCUGGCUUCCGAUUAUCCCAGAGGAUGCAGCUGAGGAAGGUAAACUUGGCUAUACAACUUUGAAACGUGUUGUUUGGCAUGAAAGUGCCAUCAAAUUAUUUGAGGCCAUGGUUCACUUCUUGGCAACUGGCUUUCAGCAUAGGUGUUGGGACGAGAUUAUAUGGUAUCUUUUCCCAUUGUUUUUGAUACUAUCUGUGGACUAUGAGGAACAAUGUAUGAUGUCUUUAAUUCGAGGUUGGAAUGGCAAGGCUCCAUGCCCUAUAUGCCUCGUGCCACUUGAAUUACUCCACGACAUUUCUAAGACUUUUGCUCUUCGCAAUGCAGGGCAAGGAGAGGAAGCAUUGCGAGCUUACAACGAUUGUAAGGCCGCUGGUGAAGCAAUUCUCAAGAAACUUGGUCUGUGUCCUUUUGAUCGCUUGCAUGUCCUCCACCUGGGAUUGUGGGGAAAACAUCUCUUUGAAGAUCUGAAGAUCAUUUUGAGGUACCUUGGACGUGAUGCAGAAGCAAUGGUUGAACGACUUACAAAGGAGUUUCCAUGCUGGUGGAAACUGUUUCAUUUCACAGCCAUCCUCAAGGUGACAUUUAAUGAUGGGAAUAAGUUUGCUGACCUAUCUAUUCAAGUUUUUUAUCCCACAUUAAGUAUCCUUACGAAGGCAGCAUGUCCCGAGGGAUAUCUCCUUAUUGGCCUUAUCAGCAGCUAUCUACAACUUGAUAGUCUGAUCGGCCUCGACAUCCAAACCGAUCGCACGCUCUCUGCCAUUGAAACUGAGCUUCUUGUUUUCAACGAAAGGCUACAGGCAUACAAAGAGUGUGCAAUGAACUCUUCCAUCCCAGGUCUCAAGGUAGAUUGGGACUUUCCGAAGGUGCACCUGUGGAAACAUGUGGGGGCAGUGCGAAACUACAGUACUCGCCCCAACGAAAAAAUGCAUGGCCCUCUAAAGGAAGCUUAUCAAGAUUGCUCAAAUGGUAGGGAUGUUGCUGGACAGAUUCUUCGUGUUGACCAACAUAUCCUUGCGUGCAGGCUCCUACGUACUCAUAUAGACUGGUAUGACAAGUGGCACAAAGCAAGAAGUGGGGAUGAUAACGACGAUAACGACGAUAACGAUGAUAGUGUCCUCGAACCAGGCUUUGAGGGACAUUGCAAGCUUGGGUCACCAUGCAAGCCCACCACCAUCCAGGGGAUCGAAGUGGAAUGUGAUCGUGAAGACAAAGCAUACCUGAGACUUCGAAGAAAGUUCACCGACUAUAUCAACAAAUUUCUGCCUUCAAUUGGGCACGAGCUAAAAAAGUGGGUUACCAUCCCAGCUGAUUUUAAUAUAUAUGAGUACCGCUACCUCAAAGUCAACUACAAGUCUUGUGUCGACUGGAAGUUGGCUACCGAUCAUUUGCGAUGUAACUCUCAGUUCUUCGGCACUCCUCGCUAUGACUGUGCAUACGUGCAACUCACGUCAACACAAACAGCCUUUGUUCGCUUGAUAACCUUUUUUAUGUGUCAAAUCCACGGCUACAGAGAACUUCAGCUCGCUCUCAUUCAGCCUUAUACUGCAAGUGUUGGCUGGGAGCGUGAACUGGACCAGGCCAUGAAACUUACACGUGUCAAGGCUGUGCCUAGAAGCGAUUCCAUGUUUAUUCCAUUAAAAAAGGAUGAAUUUCUUGUGGUAGACCAUGUCGAUGGUGACAUGUUUCUUCAAAUGAAAACAUGGAAGCAGGGUGGCUCGGUGUGUAUUAAUAUUUGCUGA